AUGAACUAUUUAAAUUAUGUAAAAGUAAAUUUUAAAUUUCUUUAUAUAGCAAAAUGUUUUAAAUACUUAAAAUACUUGUUAUAUGACCAAGCAAUUAAUAAUAUACCUUCUGGAUACACUACCUUAUCACUAUACGAUUUGGCAAUAUGUAACGAGCAUAAAGAGGACGUUAAAUAUGUGACAUAUAUAAAGCGUGAUGAACUAAUUACACAAUACACGGAUUUUGAUAAAUAUGAAGAUGGCACCCACAGGGAUUACUAUGACGCAUUAGAAGAUUUUAGAAAUACAUAUAAUGAAUAUAUACAAAAUGGAACUAAAUAUAAAAAUGUAGACAUAUACCUACCAUCCACAAAAGGAUAUAGAAUCAUUGUUCUGAUUACAAUUUCGUCUAUUAUUAUAUUAUUCAUUUGUUUCCUUUUAUUUAUUUUGUAUAAAAUGAGAAAUUUUACUUAUUGA